AUGGCCAAAAGCACCGGGGCGAACCCAACAGCGGCGUGGCCCGCGCUCUUUCCCCUCGACCUCGGGGGGAUUGCCCAAAUCGGGGUCGUCGGCGCUGGGCAGACCGCGGCGGCGUGGCCCGCGCUCUUUUCCCUCGACCUCGGGGGGAUUGCCCUAGGGCCCACGUCCAGCGAUUUUUGUAAAGGGUAUGAGCAUAUCACCAGAAACUUCGGUGAUUAA